UUAUUUUCUCACCUGUCAAACCCGGCUGGCCGCCGCUGGCGUCUCUGCUACGAACACUUCCUUCUCCCGACCUUAAAAUUCCCGUCCCCCGAUAAACGACCAAUCCUUCCCACCCGACCACUCCUCCUCCGCCUCCGCCUCCACGUAUCCUUCAACACCAAAGGACUUUAGACACGAUGCUGGCCGCCCGUACUUUCGCUGCGCCUCUCCGGCAGCAGGCCAUGCGCGCCGCUCCCCGCGCCGUCGCCGCCGUCUCUCAGUUCCAGAACUCCAGAUUCUACUCGAGCGAGCGUGUCGCCAAGUUCCACGGUGUCAAGGACUCCAACGGCAACUACCCCGUCUCCCUGAUCGAGGGUGACGGUAUCGGUCCCGAGAUCUCCCAGGCCGUCAAGGACAUCUUUGCCGCGGCCAAGGCCCCCGUUACCUGGGAGCCCGUCGAUGUCACCCCCAUCCUCAAGGACGGCAAGACCGCCAUCCCCGAUGCCGCCAUCGAGAGCAUCAAGCGCAACAAGGUCGCCCUCAAGGGACCCCUCGCCACCCCCAUUGGCAAGGGCCACGUCUCCCUCAACCUGACUCUCCGCCGUACCUUCAACCUGUUCGCCAACCUCCGUCCCUGCCGAUCGGUCGCCGGCUACAAGACCCCCUACGACAACGUCGACACCGUCCUUAUCCGUGAGAACACCGAGGGUGAAUACUCCGGCAUUGAGCACGUCGUCGUCGACGGCGUCGUCCAGUCCAUCAAGCUCAUCACCCGCGAGGCUUCCGAGCGCGUCCUCCGCUUCGCCUUCCAGCAGGCCCAGGAGAUUGGCCGCAAGAAGGUCCGCGUCGUCCACAAGGCCACCAUCAUGAAGAUGUCCGACGGUCUCUUCCUCAAGACGGCCCGCGACGUCGCCAAGGACUUCCCCGAGAUCGAGUUCGACGCCGAGCUCCUCGACAACACCUGCCUGAAGAUGGUCACCGACCCCCUCCCCUACAACGACAAGGUCCUCGUCAUGCCCAACCUGUACGGUGACAUUCUCUCCGACAUGUGCGCCGGUCUCAUUGGCGGUCUCGGCCUCACCCCCUCUGGCAACAUUGGCGACGAGUGCUCCAUCUUCGAGGCCGUCCACGGCUCCGCCCCCGACAUUGCCGGCAAGGGCCUGGCCAACCCCACCGCCCUGCUCCUCAGCUCCAUGAUGAUGCUGAGACACAUGAGCCUCGGCGAGUACGCCGACAGAAUCGAGAAGGCCGCUUUUGAUACCCUCGCGGAAGGAAAGGCCCUCACCGGCGACCUUGGCGGCAAGGCCAAGACUGGCGAGUUUGCCGGCGCCAUCAUUUCCAAGUUGUAGAUACCUACUACCCCUCCCUGUAGACUGUACGAUCUUAGACAACGGAUAUUACCUCCUGUUUCCUUUAACGUUAGCCAUAGUCGUUCAAUGAGUUCAUGAGCUCCAACAAAAUUUGGUGUUUUCGUUCCUGUGGUUUGCAUCGGGCCGUGAGUGACUGGCAACACAAUGGUGGUGGCAAUAAUUGACUUCAUUGACUGUUCACAACACAUGGACCCGUUCCUCUUGCUCUCGCAUUCAUGAAAUUGUUGCUCGUCAAUCACCUAAUAAAGGCAACCAACAGACACUUUCCAAGACCAAAGAAGCAGACUGCAGUAAUUUGACAGGUAGGACGGACAUUCAGGUCUGAGAGUCGACGGCAGCUCUUCGCACUGACGGGGCGCCAUGUCCGUGAACAUGCCUAGUGAGACUUGGGAUGAGCAA